AGAAGACGGAAAAGGCUCUCGUGUUGUGGAUUAAAGAUUUAACUAAAAAACGAAUCCCCGUUCACAAAGAAUUCAUUCAAGAAAAAGCUAGACAAUUUUUCCACCAGCUGAAGGAUUUAGAACCAAGUUCGUCAUCCUGUUUACGAAACGUGAAAUUUUCUGCGAGUAAUGGCUGGUUUACUGGAUUUUUACAACGAUACGCACUUCACAAUGUAAAGAUACAAGGCGAGGCAGUGUCCACCGAUGAAACAGCUGCUAUGAAUUAUCGUAAAGUAUUAGCAGAAAUUAUUGAUGAUGGUGGAUAUUGCCCAAAUCAAGUAUUUAAUGCAGAUGGGACUGGGUUAUUCUGGAAAAAGAUGCCCAGCCGAACAUUCAUUGCGAAAUCUGAGAAAACUGCAAAUGGUUUUAAAGCGGCAACGGAUCGAAUUACUCUCCUUCUUUGCAGUAAUGCCUCUGGUACAAAAAUGUUAAAACCACUCAUUAUAAAUAAAGCUUUGCACCCACGUGCGCUAAAAGGCAUAAAUUUAGCUGAAUAUCCAGUACAUUUCAUGGCCAAUAAAAAAGCAUGGGUCACAUCAGCUGUAUUUGCAACAUGGUUCAAUGAUUCUUUUGUACCAGAAGUUGAAAAAAACAUGGAAGAGAUGGGUCUUCCGUUUAAAGUGUUGCUAAUUGUUGUUAAUGUACCCGGUCAUCCCUGUAUAGAACAUCCUAAUGUACAAAUACUGUUUUUAUCACCAAAUACGACUAGCCUUAUACAACCACUGGAUCAGGGCAUAAUCGCAAAUUUUAAGAAACAUUAUGUCAAAUUAACUUUUAGCUACAUUCUGAAAAAGCUAGUGAACGUUGAAUUAAGUCUGACUGAAGUUUGGAAAAAAUUCUCAAUUUUAGACUGCAUAAACCAUAUUACUGCAGCAAUUAGUCAAAUAAAACAACACACAUUAAAUUCAUGCUGGAAAGCGAUCUGGCCUGAAUGUGUAAUUAAUCGAAAUGUAACCGAAAACGCGUCUACGUUAUUAUCUGAAAUUACUGCGCUCGCACAUAACAUUAGCGGAGGAGGCUUUCAUACUUUCGGCGAAAAUGAUCUGGACGAAACGAUUGAGGACCAAACUAUCAAUGAUAGUGACAUUAUCAAUAAUUUGAUAGAUUAUGAAAAUGGACAAGAAGAACCGGAAUCUAUUAUAGCAGAUAAAAUAUAUGCAGGGAUCCAGAUUUCUAAAAAAUUGGAAACGCAUUUUCGUAAAAUAGAUAAUAAUGCGGAAAGAAGCUUGAAAUUCCAAAAAGAGCUGAGAUCGUGCAUGUCUCGCUAUCGUGACGAUUACAAGCAAUUGACCAAUCGACCGUCGUCACAAAAACUGAUCACUGACUUUAUG